AUGGCUUCUCUACACCUACUACAAUGGGCGAAUGCUAGUAAAAAGUACAAAAUGCUCUAUGUGGUUAGCUCAACCCUACUGCCACAGUCUCCUGAAGUCAAGUUUCUGACACUCUGUGCUGAUGCUGACACAGUCUGUGCCCCUACUGCCGAGUCACCGAGUCACCCACUCAAGUUGGUUGGGGUGUUUCACAGAGAGUGUUCUACUCUGAAGACAGGUUGUUCUGGGAACGCCAUGUACGUGGUGUCUGCUACAUUCUGUGCACUUCGAAACGGAGUUCUCAGGUUACAGAAGCUUCUUGAUAUCGUCUCUCAUUAUACGAGUACAUGGCGAUAUGAAAUUAACUCCUCCAAGUCGGCAGUCAUGGUAUUUGGUGAAUCAACAAGAUCACGUAGCCACUCCCGUUCCUUCUCUGUUUGCUUGGAAAUUAUCCAGGAGGUAGAUAGUUACAAACACCUUGGUGUCCUUCGCUUAGUGUCUACUUCUGGCUCCCUCAGAAUCUGCUCAGCGGGUGGGAGUUCUGUGGGCGUAAGGUUCCACCUGCUUUACUCCUCACUCUGCCUUCUCUAUGGAUCAGAACUCUGGUCCCUAACAAAGAGCGAUCUCAACAUGUUGGAGAGAACUCACAGGAAACUGCUUCGCACAAUUCAAGGCCUGCCUACCAGAUGUCCGUCACUCGCCCUCUCCAGCUCGUUGGAGAUCUCGGCAUUGGUGGACUGCAGACAGCUUUGUUUCAUUAACAUGCAUGUCUUCAGAAGAUCUCCCGAAGAAGAUUAUGGUUCUCGCCGACUCUCUAUUAAAAACAUGGUCCACACACGUCUCAUCUCGUUGCUACCCUUCACUCUCGUCUAUGAUCGCAAACGGGAAAAAUAAAGGAUCUUUUAAGGCAGCUGCAAAGAAAUCUGUACUAGUCACACCAUACAUCAAGAUGACAGACACAUGCCCCCUGCUAUGGUCAUGAUUUCAGAAUCAGGGGGCUGGAGCUGGAUGCGUCCAGGUUUAGAUACCGCAACAGAGGAAAUAUCUCUCCCGGGGAUGCAUCGUGUAAACUAUGGAACACUGAAGAAGAAUCACCUUCACACUUUUUAGUAAGUUGCCCUGCUCUCUCAGCGCGCUCUCCUGCACCCUCCUACAAGGCCUUGUCUGGCUGCCCACGCGCAAGCUUGCUCUUCAUCAAAGAUCUAAGGCAAACCCGCGCUGAUCUCCUUCUCACACGCACAUUGGUUUAAAAGCUCCACCCUCUUGCUGUAUUAUAAUUACCCAAUUUCAAUAUUCUUUUUCG